AUGUUUGGACUCACCAAAGCAAGAACAAGCCCGCGGACCCCAGACGAAUUUCCUGUCGCGCAGCUCUUUCUCCUUGCGCUCGUACGAGUUGCCGAGCCCAUUGCGCUCACCUCCAUCUUUCCCUACGCUAUCAAGCUCGUUGCCCAUUAUGGAGCAUCUGAGUCGCAAGCGCCCUUCUUUGCGGGCAUCCUUAUCUCUGCCUUUUCUCUCGCCGAAGCAUGCACAGGCAUGUAUUGGGGAGGCCUCUCAGACAAAAUAGGUCGCAAGCCAGUACUUUUGAUGGGCUGCUUCGGUACCGUCUCUUCCCUUUUAGUCGUUGGUUUCUCAUCAAGCUUCUGGAUGGCUCUCGCAGGCAGAAUUCUUGGUGGUAUACUAAACGGAAAUAUCGGAGUGAUCCAAACCAUGGUCGGCGAACUCGUCAAGAACCCGAAGCAUGAACCGAGAGCAUAUGCAGUGAUGCCUUUCGUCUGGAGCAUCGGUACCAUCAUCGGACCUUCGAUCGGUGGUUACUUUGCCGAACCAGCAGAUAACUUCCCGUCCUUCUUUUCUUCUGCUGGCAUUUUUGGGAAGUUCCCGUACUUGCUGCCGAAUAUCCUCUGCACUGGGUUGCUUCUUGUUGCUAUUCUCGCAGGCUACUUUCUGCUCGAGGAAACUCACCCAGAUAUGCAGCCGUGGAGCAGCCAAGCCGAUCUCGACGCCACUACUGCCGAAACUCCGCUCUUGCCAGCCCAAGGUGCCAUUGCAAACGCACCUGCGAACUUGACUGCCGAGAGCUAUGGGACAUUCGAUGACGUAGACACGCACCACGACGAGCUAUGGCGUGUCAAGUCGAACGGCGACUGGAUCGAUGAGAAUUCCCCGUCGCACGAGAAGGUCAUCACAAAGACAGUGCUCACUUUCGUGAUUGCUCUGGGCAUUUUCACCUACCACUCGAUGACAUACGACCACCUGCUGCCCAUCUUCCUCCAGGACAAACGCGCGGAUGAUGUUUCUUCCAUGUCACUUUCACCGAACGCUUUUGGAGGAGGCCUCGGUAUUCCACUGCAAAACGUGGGCAUCAUCUUGUCCAUCAACGGACUCAUCCAGUUGUUUAUCCAAGGCGCCCUCUUCCCUGUGCUCGCCUCAUUCUUUGGCGUUUGGCGCCUUCUCGUCCUCGUUACCGUCGGCCACCCCAUUGCUUACUUCGUCGUUCCCUUCCUUCCGUUGCUCCCUGCUACCCUCGUGUAUCCCGGAAUCUACGCUUGUCUCACGGUCCGAAGCAUCACCUCCAUCGUUGCGUAUCCGCUUCUCCUUAUCAUGAUCAAAGAGGCCGCACCUGCGCCCAACCACCUUGGAAGGAUCAACGGUCUAGCCGCGAGCACUGGCGCAGCGUGCCGAACCAUGGCCAGCCCGAUCGCUGGGCUACUCUACGGGAUCUCGAUUGAUAUUCGUUUCACUCCUCUGGCAUGGUGGGCUUCAGCGCUGAUGGCCAUCGUGGGAGUCUUGCAGAUCCCGUGCAUGAGCCGCGCGGCGCGGAAGUGCAAUGUUAGUGUCAAUUCAGCUUUGUCGCAACGGCGUAAGAGCAAGGUUGUACACAUCAUGGUGGAGGACGUGGAAGCUUAAGGGCAUAGCAUCAGGAGUUGAUGAUGUUGUUCGCCCCGUUUGAUGGAUUUUACGACUUCUGCAUCACGGCCUGGGAUCUUGUUCCAUCGAGGGAGGUGGCGGCGCAACAACAUGCGGUAUUCUGGUAUCAGGCGUUUGAGCGAUUCAUUGCAUUUCUUUCUUACUCUCACAGCGUUGGCACUCCAGAGAAAUUUCAGCAUCACCGGCGCAAACAGUCCUCUUCACAUUUUUCAUCAGGCGUUAACAGCAUAGCAUAGAUAGCUGUAGCGACGGGAAUUGGGUUUGGUGAGGGCACGCACAUACCCCAUAGAAGCAUUCAUAUAUUACAAUGCAUUGGUCAACAAC